UUGAUUAUAUUUUUUUAAACCAAGUAUUCAGGAGGGAAUCUACUACGUAUUUUCUCUUUUCAGGAUAACCAAACGAAAAAGCGAAAGAAUCUUAAAAAUAUUCAAUUUCAUAAUAAAAUGGAUGCAGAGAUAGAGGCGGGAAGGUUCCUUAAUCAGACGCUUGGAGCUUGGGGAGAUUCUUGGAGGUCGCCGCUAUUUCGGCAGGACAUCAUUCGUAAACUUGAAGAAGCCAUUAAAGCAUCAAACAAACAAUUAGACGGCUCCGCUUUAGAAGACCACAUCUACAAGAUAACAUCAACACGCGACGAAUAUCUUCGGCUCGUCUAUAAUCUGGAGAGUCGUUUCAUCAAGAAAGACAGUGACAGAACUGGCAAUCGCCGUGCAACAGACGAUGUAGACAGUGAUCUGGAGGUAUUUCUAGUCAUGACAAUACAUGCUGACGGAAGACAAGAGAUUUACGACGAACAACUCAAUCGUUACCUGAACCGUUUGUAAAACUCAUGUUUUUAGCAGAAAAACGACUCAAAAUGCAUCUCUUUGCUGUCAAUCCAGUUUGGAGCACUUUUUUCCUUAUUAUUCACGAGAUUUUAAAAGGAAAUUAAUAAAAAGUAAUUACUACAUGAAAGCAAGAUGGAUUAUUUAACACGUUGACAGUUCAGUGACCCAUAUACGAGUCAUGACGCACUAGCUCCAUACGUCCGUGACCCAUAUACGGGUCAUGACGCACUAGCUCCAUACGUCCGUGACCCAUAUACGGGUCAUGACGCACUAGCUCCAUACGUCCGUGACCCAUAUACGGGUCAUGACGCACUAGCUCCAUACGUCCGUGACCCAUAUACGGGUCAUGACGCACUAGCUCCAUACGUCCGUGACCCAUAUACGGCUCACUCAGUAAGUCACUAAGGUAAUUAUUACAUUAAAGCUGUACAACGCCAUCUAUAUUGAUUUUGGUGAACGUAGCCUGGAAAGUCCUUCAGUAUAACCUUACCUACACGUCUUCUCAAGCCAAAAAUAAAUAAAUAAUUUUAGUAGAUAUCUUAUACCUUGUACUUUUUAGACUAGAAAUGUU